CCACCUUUCUCCUUUCUCUUCGCCUUAAACCUUCCCCUUGCGACUCAGUUGUAUCCAUCAAACCUGUCCGCUGGCACCCGCACCCUCCAUCCAUCCUUCUCCCUCCUCUUCUUCCCUCUCGGCAAACCUGGACCAUGGAUUCCGAGCUUCCUUGGGCUGCCAGCCCCACCCCCCAGGGCACCCUCUCUGCCCACAAUGCCACAACACCCUGGCUGGGCCGGGAUGAGGAGCUGGCCAAGGUGGAGAUCGGAGUCCUGGCCACCGUCCUGGUGCUGGCCACGGGCGGCAACCUGGCUGUGCUGCUGACCUUGGGCCGGCUGGGCCGCAAGCGCUCCCGCAUGCACCUGUUCGUGCUGCACCUCGCCUUGACCGACCUGGCGGUGGCGCUCUUCCAGGUGCUGCCCCAGCUGCUGUGGGACAUCACCUACCGCUUCCAGGGCCCUGACCUCCUCUGCCGAGCCGUCAAGUACCUGCAGGUGCUCAGCAUGUUCGCCUCCACCUACAUGCUGCUGGCCAUGACGCUGGACCGCUACCUGGCUGUCUGUCACCCGCUGCGCAGCCUCCAGCAGCCCAGCCAGUCCACCUACCCCCUCAUCGCUGCUCCCUGGCUGCUGGCCGCCAUCCUCAGCCUCCCUCAAAUCUUCAUUUUCUCUUUGCGGGAGGUGAUCCAGGGCUCGGGGGUGCUGGACUGCUGGGCAGACUUCCGCUUUCCCUGGGGGCUGCGCGCCUACCUCACCUGGACCACCCUGGCCAUCUUUGUCCUGCCUGUGGCCAUGCUCACGGCCUGCUACAGCCUCAUCUGCCACGAGAUCUGUAAAAACCUGAAAGUCAAGACAAAGGCCUGGCGGGUGGAAGGAGGGGGCUGGAGGACUUGCGACAGGCCCUCACCUUCUGCCCCAGGGGCGACCCCUCGGGGGCUGCCGUCCCGGGUUAGCAGCACCAGCACCAUCUCGCGGGCCAAGAUCAGAACAGUGAAGAUGACCUUUGUCAUCGUGCUGGCCUAUGUCGCUUGCUGGGCACCCUUCUUCAGUGUCCAGAUGUGGUCUGUGUGGGACGAGAACGCCCCCGAUGAAGAUUCCACCGACGUGGCCUUCACCAUCUCCAUGCUUUUGGGCAACCUCAGCAGCUGCUGCAACCCCUGGAUCUACAUGGGCUUCAACAACCACCUGUUGCCGCGCCCCCUGCGUCAUCUUGCCUGCUGCGGGGGUCCCGGGCCACGGAUGCGCCAGCAGCUCUCCAACGGCAGCCUGUCGAGCCGCCGCGCCACGCUGCUGACCCGCUCCAGCUGCCCACCCACCCUGAACCUCAGCCUCAGUGGGACGCCCAGGCCCACAGAGUCACUGAGGGACUUAGAGCCAGUGGAUGGAGAAGCCACCACCGAGACCAGCAUCUUUUAGGGAAGACUCCGCGGAGUUUGGCAGUGCCCCCAGGACUAGUGGCAGGUCUCUG